AUGAAAUCUCUGCUUCCUGGAGCGUCGCGUCGUGAGUUUUUUUCUCUCGCCGCUGAAGAGGUCCCCGCGGCGCCUGUGGCUGCCCUGCCGGCCGUCAAGGCCCCCGCCAAGAAGGCGAAGAAGGCGGCGGCCAAGGCGCGCAAGCCGUCGGGCCCCAGCGUGACGGAGCUGCUGACCCAGGCAGUGGCGGCCUCCAAGGAGCGCGGCGGGGUCUCGCUGGCCGCCCUCAAGAAGGCGCUGGCGGCCGCCGGCUACGACGUGGAGAAGAACAACAGCCGCAUCAAGCUGGGCCUCAAGAGCCUCGUCGGCAAAGGCACCCUCGUCCAGACCAAGGGCACCGGCGCCUCGGGCUCCUUCCGCCUCAACAAGAAGCAGGCCGAGGGCGGCAAGGACAAGGCGGCAGGAGCGGGGGCGGCCAAGAAGAAGAAGCCCGCGGGGCCCGUUGCGGCCAAAGGCAAGAAGCCCGCCGCCAAGAAGCCGGCUUCGGCCGCCGCCAAGAAAGCCAAGAAGCCCGCCGCCGGAGGGGCCAAGAAGGGCGCCAAGGCGGCCAAGAAGCCCGCCGGAGGGGCCAAGAAGGCGGCCAAGAGCCCCAAGAAGCCGAAAGCCAAGAAAGUGGCCGCCAAGAGCCCCGCCAAGUCGAAGGCGGCGAAGCCCAAACCUAAGCCCAAGACGCCCAAGGCGAAGGUGGCGAAGGCCAAGAAGGCGGCCCGGCCAGAGAAAUGAGCGCUUCUCUCGGGUCCUCCUCUUUCAAAACAAUAACCCCCCAAAGGCUCUUUUAAGAGCCACCCCACAAAAUCCGAGGAAAGAGCUGGGUCUCGUGAAACAAAAGAGAGUCCCUCCGAUGG